AUGGAGUCCGAUAUUCACUCUGCCAUUCCUAGCCACGAUGGCUUGAUCCCUGAGCUCGACGAUGGCAUCUACAGUUUCUCUGGUACCUCAAAUGAAAACGCCAUGACAAGUGCCUUUGCCGGAAACAGCUUUGAUGAGUCAUUAGGUUUCAGUUUGUCUCUAUACCCGGAUUUCGCAAACAAUGACCCGACCCAACUUCUGGGCAACGAUUUUUUCUUUCUGGAUCUGCCGAAUUCACCCGCAACAUUCAACGAAUCUGUUGAAAAUCAGCCUGUAUAG